GCCCGGGCAUGAGGCGCGGGGCGGCCGCGGUGCGGGGGGGGUGUGAUGUGUGGCUGGAGACGGGAGAACGGGAGCGGGAGCGCGCGGCGGAGCAGCCCCUCAGAGCCACCCCCAGAGCCCCUGUGCGGGGCCUGGGAAGGAGAUCCUGCUCCGCUGCUUCCACACAGAGCAGAGGCUCUCGGCCGCGCACGAAGCAAACCAGGAUCUCGUCCUUCUUCAGCAGAACAGAUGAAACAGACAAAGAAAACUCCAGGCUGGCUCCUUCCAUCCCACAGAAGGACUGCAAAGGAAAAGGUAUUUCUGUGGCUGCCUCCCGUGUGAAGAUCUUGGCUUUGCCGCGGAUGGAAGGAGCCCAGCACCAAGCACCCUUCCGAGGCGAGGAGGGGACAGCACCGGUUACAGCCCCGUGUUGUGCAGAUCCUUUCAGGGAGCCACAGGUGGAGACCUCCAGUGGGGCAGGAGAUGGUCGCUGCUGCUCCAGCCUCCCCUGCGGUUCAGAGGGCACCCAGCUCAUCCCUCACACACACAAGGCCCAGGUGUUGCCUGGAGAAGCAGCUUCAUCCAGCAGCAGCAGGGGACCCCCUGAGGAGGCAAAGGCCGGACUUGACUUCCAGUGGAGACUGGGUGCAAAGCAGAGUAAGGAACCAACACAAGGGAGCAGUGUUAAUGCUUUAAGGGAUUUGACUGAGAACACAAACCCUGCUGUCAGGAGCGGCAGGAUCCAGGCUCCUGGCUUCCAUCCUGCUCCGCAGGGACCAGGUAGAGUGUGGCCCCUGCGAGAGCACAGCCAGAACACGGCUGCUGCUUCAGCCCAGGUGGGAUGGGACAGUCCCUGCAGGGAGCUCUUCACCCAGGACUCGGAGGGGAACAGGGUCAUUGCUCACUGGGAGGUCCCAUCUCCAUGCAGGCAGCUCCCCUGCUCUCCCUCCAAGGGCUGUUCCAGCAGUGCUGCAGGAUGGGGCUGGAGCCGAGGGGGGGAGCAGGAGCCGGAGCUGUGCUAUGAGCUGCUGUUCACGCAGGAUUCGGAGGGGGGCAGAGUCAUCAAGCACUGACACAGGCCUUCGAAUGGGUUGUGCAGCCCCCGGAAAGCGUUUUUGUUUGUCAGCACUGGGGAGGUGUACCCACUGCUGCUGUAUGUAUGCUGCAGCACCUGCAGCAGCCUCAUGCGUCAGGCAAGACCCCUCUGUGCACUGAAAUUAUGCUUUA